AUGGUUUUGUUUCUACUCCCUGAAAGACAAGAACCAUUCACUCCAAAGAAACCAGUUGGAAGUUCUGGAGGAAAAUUCCCUCUCCCACCUCAUAUACUCCACCGCCUUAACCUCCACAAGUCCUACACUUCCUUCCCAUCGAAACCAUCUUCCGCAUCAUCUCUUCUUCCAUCGUUGAUGGGGGAUUCUUCUACUUCUUUACAUUCAGCGGAUUCUGGUGUUUGGCCUGGUAAGAGACCUGCAGUAGGAACUGCAGACGAGAGACCAGGGAAGAAGGCGAAGUACGGCCUUGCUAGCAAUAUCGAUUUUGAAGAAAGGGAAACAGACGCAGACGACGAGGAUUCAGACUUUGAUUCUGCGGAUACACCGAGUGAUAGAGAAGAGGAGGUUACAGCGGUAGCUUCUCCAGUAACCGUCUCAACAUCGAUUGCAGAACCGGUUGUAGCUAGCCCGCUCGCUUCACCUUCCGAUCUCGAAUCCGAAUCCGACUUUUCUGAUACACCAAGCUCGAAGAGAAGAGCACUUACACCACCAUCACCAAUUUGA